CGAGCGCGCGCGCGGUGCACGCCGGGAACGCCGACGCCCAAGAUGGCGGCAGGAUUGAAAAGUUGUCCGCGUCGGGCUCCAUUGGAGGCGAUGGCGGCGCAGUGAAGGCGGAGGCCGAGGCGGGGAAGGAGCCGAGAUGACGCCUCCGGGCCCCGCCUGAGAGAUGGAGGAGGAAGGCAAGAGGGCCAAGAAGCCUGGAAUCGUGUCCCCUUUCAAGCGUGUCUUCCUGAAGGGCGAAAAGGGACGAGAUAAGAAGGCCCAGGAAAAGGUGACCGAACGGAGGCCCCUCCAUACUGUACCGCUCUCCCUGCCGGACCGGGUGGAGCCCGACAUCCUCCUGAAUGACUACAUCGAAAAGGAAGUGAAGUAUUUAGGCCAGUUGACAUCUGUUCCAGGGUACCUGAAUCCCUCCAGCCGAACUGAAGUCCUGCAUUUAAUAGACAAUGCAAAGCGGGCGCAUCAGCUUCCAGGGCAGCUGACCCAGGAGCACGAUGCCGUGAUCAGCCUCUCUGCUUACAACGUGAAGCUGGUGUGGCGCGACGGUGAAGACAUCAUCCUCAGGGUCCCCAUCCACGACAUCGCCUCGGUCUCCUACAUCCGGGACGACUCYCUGCACUUGGUGGUCUUGAAAACAGCUCAGGACCCCGGGAUUUCCCCCAGCCAGAGCCUUUGUGCCGAAAGCGCCAAGGGUCUGGCGACCGGGUCGCUCUCGGAGAGCGGGGUGGUCCCCGUGGAGGCCUGCUGCCUGGUGGUCCUGGCCACGGAGAGCAAGGCCUCCGCAGAGGAACUCUGCUCCCUCCUCAGCCAAGUCUUCCAUAUUGUUUACACGGAGUCCACCAUUGACUUCCUCGACAGAGCAAUAUUCGAUGGGGCCUCCACACCAACCCGGCACCUGUCUCUGCACAGUGAUGACUCUUCGACAAAAGUGGACAUUAAAGAUUCCUAUGAAACGGAAGCAAGCACUUUUUCUUUCCCCGAAUCCUUGGAGACGGGUGGCAACUCCCCUUCCUCCUUCUCGGCCUUGCCUUCUCCCAACAACAAGACGGCCAGCGAAAGUGAGCUGAGCACCACCGCCACCGAGCUGCUCCAGGACUACAUGAUGACGUUACGAACAAAGCUCUCCUCUCACGAGAUCCAGCAGUUUGCGAUGCUUUUGCACGAAUAUCGCAACGGGGCGUCUGUGCACGAGUUCUGCGUCAACCUGCGGCAGCUCUACGGGGACAGCCGGAAAUUCCUUCUCUUGGGCCUUAGACCGUUCAUCCCCGAAAAGGACAGCCAAUACUUUGAGAACUUCCUGGAGACCAUUGGGGUGAAGGACGGCCGGGGCAUCAUCACAGACAGCUUCGGCCGGUACCGGCGGACGCUGAGCUCUGCCUCGGCCUCCACCACCAACGGCAACAACAACGGGGCGGCGGGGAGUUCGGACGACCAGUCGGUGCCCUCGGAGGGGGACGAAUGGGACCGGAUGAUCUCGGACAUCAGCAAUGACAUCGAGGCCCUCGGCUGCAGCAUGGACCACGACUCCUCCUGAAGUGGGGCAGCGGCGGAGAAGAGGAGGGGCAGCGGAGGAGAGGAGCGGCGGAGGAUAGGAGUGGCGGUGGAGGGUAGGAGUGGCAGCGGUGAAGAGAGGCAGGCUGCUCCGUAACUCGCUCCCGCUCUUCUUCCCUUGUUACAUAAUCGAAGCCGAAAGGGUGGAUUGGAUGACCUCGAGACACCCCACCUCCCAUCUUUGCCAAUAGCUCAGUUCGCUGCCCAGCGGUCUCUUCUCUUCUGCAAAGGGAUAGAGAGGGCCUCGUUCUGCCAACGAAGAGGGACCGGACCAGGCCGCCAGGUGAAUCCGCCUGGGACCGUCUUCCUCUUGCUUUGCCAAAGGGCUGAGUUGUUGGAGAAGCCAUGAAUGCAUAUGAGAGGGAGAGAGAGUGGGGACAAUGGGUCUUGCUGCCCACAAGACCCCAACCAGCCAACUUGACCGUUUUGCACAUGACAUUUCUGACCAUUUCCCCUCCCUUCCCCCCAAUGUUUUUUACAUGAAGUUUAUCACAAUGUGAAUAACUUAAAAAAAUCUUGCAAGUGUUUGUCGCAACAUUUCGGACUGAAACCAGAAGGUGGCCUUGGUUGUGAAGCUGGGCCUCUGGGGUCGGAGGGAGGGAGGGGGCCGCCUCCUUCGCCCCGACUCUGGCCAACUGACCUUUGUGUUUUGUAACUUUAUUUCCCUUCCUUAGCCUUGGAUUGAUUGCCUGCUUGACAUGCCAUUUCCUUCCGGCUCCCGUUAGCCGUGCCAUCCUCCUCCUUGUCUCAGCCAGGUAGCCCAACAAACCCCAAGCGCAGGUAGGGCCAGGUAGCAUCUCCUUCUCCUAUUUAAACGACACACAUACCUCCACUUUUUGUGUUAUUUUAUACGGAGCACGGUUUGAUGCUACCGUUUUUCCUCGAGGCAUUCCUAGAAGUUUUGGGGUCUGGAGGGAGGUUUUUUGGGGCAUCAGUGAGGGUUUUUUUCCCCCUUUCUCUCUGCCAAAAAUAUCCCCCAAGAGACCCUUGAGCUGGAUAUCAGGGGUCUGCGUCUUCAGUCGAGGGAAGACCCGGGUUUCUUCCGCCUUUGCUUUGGGCAUUCAGAGUCCUCCUCUGGACCGAAUCUGUUGCUCUUCAGACAGAAGAGCGGAGCGCAAGUGAAAGAGUGGGUUGGCCUUUUGAGUGGUGUGUUGCUGUUGUUGUUUUUUUAAGAGGCGAGGAGUGGAAGAACUAUAUACAUAAUGUAUAUGUGUUGUAUAUAUUAUACAUAUAAAUGCACAGUUAUUUUUGUAUGUGUACUUCAUGCCGCCACAAUGUCUGCUGGCUACUAUAAACUGACCUGUAGGCUAUUUUAGCUCUUUGA